UAAACUUCCUAUUGAAGUGCCAACAUGGCGUUGACAACAGCCUUGGUCGUUUUCUGCCUUUUUCUCUAUACAAAUGCGUUGUAUUUUCAUAUAGGAGAAACCGAAAGAAAAUGUUUCAUCGAAGAAAUACCAGAUGAAACUAUGGUUGUUGGUCAUUAUAAAGUGCAAGCAUAUGACCACAAUGCUAAAGAUUACAUGCCUGUCUCCCCUGAUAUUGGUAUGCAUGUUGAAGUUAGUGACCCUGAAAGUAAAGUGGUUUUAUCUAGGACAUAUGCAGCAGAAGGCAGAUUCACUUUCACAUCUCAUUCAGCUGGAGAGCACAUUAUUUGUCUCAACUCCAAUUCAUCUGCAUGGUUUAAUGCUGGGCAGCUGAGGGUUCACCUUGACAUAAACGUUGGAGAGCAUGCUGUCGACUACCAGCAAGUCCAGGCUAAAGAUAAACUAACAGAGCUCCAACUGAGAGUCAGGCAACUGUUGGACCAGGUAGAGCAGAUCACAAAAGAACAGAAUUAUCAAAGAUACCGUGAGGAGAGGUUCCGUCAAACCAGUGAGAGUACAAACCAGCGAGUCUUGUGGUGGUCCAUAGCUCAGACUUUAAUCCUCCUGAUCACUGGUUUCUGGCAGAUGCAGCAUCUAAAGAGUUUCUUUGAGGCUAAGAAGCUGGUUUAAUAUUUGUAGAUUAUAUUAUUGAGUGAUUGCUGUCAGGUCAUGUCAUGUUUUAUUUAUUUGUGUCCACUAUAAAAUUUCAUCCAUUUAAAACAACACUUCAGACAUAUGAGAUUUAGGAAAAAAUUUUUACAUUCCUAAAUUAUAAUUCACAAACUUCUAAUAACUCCUAAUUAAUAAUAAAAUAUUAAAUGCAAUGAAUACAUUUUAUUUUAUGUACAGUAGACUUAAUAUAAUAUGUCAUUGCCAUUUCAAAACAGAUCUUAAAAUGUCUACACAUUUCAUUGUUGGUAUUGCUGUGGUUAAGUCUACAUUUUAAUAUUGUAAGCAUUAGUAUAAAUGUUUUAUGCUUAUGUAGUGCUCUUCUUUGAAAAAGUGUUGAGCUCAAGUGAAUGUUGUACUUGCUUUGGCUGGGGGGUGUAAGAGAUGGUCUAAAUGUUGGCGAAUGUUGGAAUUCUUUUCAAGAAUUUGAUGUAAAAUAUUUUAUGCAUUUUGUUAUUUUCAAUUUUUUUUUUUUUUCAACCUUUCUAUACCACUAAUAACUGCCAUAGUAACAGUUUGUUUAGUGAGAAUUUUCUUGUGUGUGUUAGCCUUAUGAUUGUUUGGUUUUAAAUAUACUAGGAUCUGUACACAGAUGACAUGUAGUACAUUCCCUGGACUUAGGUGUAUUGAAAUAGGUUUAGAACUACUGCUAUUGUAGGAGACUAACUGAUUGGUGCUACUUGUUCUCAUAACUUCUCACUUUUAGCAUCCUAUUGAAAGUUGUCUUUUAUAAAUUGGGAGGCGGGGGUAACUAAAGGAAGCAAUGGUCAAUAGGGGAACAUAUUUAUUAUGAGUUACAUAAAUUGUGUGCCUUUUAAGUUACCGGUAUUAAUGAUAUUUUGUAUGACAUCUACAUAUAAACAUGUCUUAAUAACUAAAAGACUACAGCUAGUUUCAGGGAGCACACAUUAGUUGAACAAUUUAGAAGAGGACUUCCUGUAAAGUGAGAGAUGAGUUUUAUUUACACUCAAAUGUACAGAGAGAGGAUUCUGUGUUGUUGUUUUUUUUAUCAAAUUUACAUUAAGUUAAGGUUUCAUCAAGAAGUUGUACUGAAGUCAAAGUGUGGUGGGAUGUUUGAUCAAGGAUAAGCUAACAAAAUAUCAGUCUUGUCUUGUUGUCUAAUUUAAUGAUGUCUUUUCUCUAAAAUCUCAUUUUUUUCCCUUUGUUUAGAAUAAAACAAUCCUGUUAUCAAUA